UAUUUUUUGCAUCGCUAGAUUUAAGAAUGUUCUGUAAUUUCUUUUAACGAAUUUUUGAUUCAAAAACUGCCAUUUAACAAUGAAAGGUAUGAUUAUAGUGCCCAUGGACCUGGAGCCCGGGUUCCGGAGGGCUGACAUGCACACUUUACCGGUGGUCAACAGCGCAAUGGUGUUUAACUUUUGCUCAGCCGCCGACAAGUCUAAACAAAUAGCCACGAAUAAAGGUGACCUGCUUACGGACUAUGUACAGAUGCAGCGGCGUGGCGAGGUCUACGAACUCAAGGGACUUGUCUUCCCCGCUGCUGACUUUGCCAACACGGACACCCACGCCAAUGUGGGCCUGAAGGUCGUGGAGAGCUCACGGAUUAUCACAGAUGGCCAGUGCAGCCUGUGUCCCGCCGCCGGAGCCUGUGCCCACAUUGUGGCCUUUACGUUUUGGUUGCUCAGCAAGAGCACCGAACGCAAUCCCUCGGCUGUGGUCGAGUUCUGGGGCCACGAACUGGAGACACUGGUGCAGCCAGAGCCCGCGGUAGCCACUCGUAUUUGCGAUAUAUUGCCCAAGGACGAGGUGCGAUUGGAGAGCGAACAGAGCCUGCAGGAGAUGAACGCCAGCGAGGGACAGGCCUUUCUGGACGCAGUUUUGGACGAACUAUCCGCCUGCGGACGAGACUCGGCUCUGUACCGCCAAUGCGUGGACAUUAGAGACGAAUUCGAGCCCUUGUUCAUACACCAUGUGCUGCUCCGAGCAGCCGAGCUCAACAUCUUGGACGUUCCCAGCUUUGUGCACUACAUGGAGCUCCAGGCGCAGACGGGAAUCUUCGAAACCCUCAACGAGGUGACCCGCAACCAGUACAAGUCCAAGCUGUGGAUCGAGGCGCAGUACAUGCGCAUCCGCUGCUCCAUGAUGCACAUGAUUGUCAACCGCAAGUCGACCGAGGAAGACGAGGAGAUCUUCAACAUGAUGUUCUGCAAGGGCCGCGACCGGAACAUCGACGAUCGCGUGCAACAAAAGCAGCACAAGCGCUUUAUCCUCAAGCAGACGGAGAAGCUGGAGAACAAGCAGUACCUCGAGUGCGGCCUGCUCCUCGACGAGAGCUAUCCCUUCCUGUGUGCCGCCCCGGAUGGCAUCACGGAUGAUCACAUCGUUGAAAUUAAAUCGCCCAAGACUGAUGAGGACUUUGAGAAGUACCUGGAGGCUCGCGAAUCAAUAGCCCCGAAAUACAUGGCCCAGAUCCAGAUCCAGAUGUUCAUGGCCAAUGUGAAGAAGGCUCUAUAUUGUGUGCUGAGCCCAACGUUUGAGACCAAUGGAGCCCUGCACUACGUUUGGGUGCAGGCGGAUCCCGAGUUCGUGUCUAGCCUGCUCACCAUGGCCGAGGAUUUCUGGCGGGAAGCUGUCUUCCCGCGCCUCUCGAAUAUCUACCCCCAGGUGGGGUAGACUAUACUAGUCAAUAAAUCGCAAAACUCGA